UCAACAAUGAAGCAACUUGAGACAUUGUCGAUUCGAUUCGGUUAGAUUUUCGGUUUCUUGUGAUUAAAAAAAAUCGCUUUUUAACGACCAAUACGACGUAGGAAUAAGAAACCGCUCCAAAACUGCCUUCAGACCUUCUAAUACUGCAGCCGCAUUCAAAAAUAAAGAGAUGUUAUUGAAUGACAACCUACUACGUCGUGGUUAUGUUUGGCGCACACAGAGAUGAGACCAUUCGCCCUUUUUAUGGUCCUAUCUUUCAACAAUUUCACGUUACCAUUGGGCCAAAUUUUAAAGCCACCAAGGAGGUACAAUGUUGACGCCGACGAUCCAGAUUACAACGAUAAUCACAUAAUACCCGAUUUAACGGAUUAUGAUAAUGACAACAAUAAUGGCACAGAUAAAGGGACGUAUGUCGGCGGUCCAUGCGACCGCAACUGCAGCUCUCGCCUUAGUCACGUCUACUGCGACCCCAUUACCAACCUGUGCCGAUGUAAGAAAGGAUACCCUGUACAACUUAAUCCAACUACGGGAUGUGGAAAACCAAAAAGACUCGGAGAACAAUGCUACUACCGAGAAUCAUGUCUGUAUUCAGACUCCCACUCGUCGUGUAUACAGGUACAUCACAACGCAAUUUGCCAAUGUGACUCAGGUUACCACCUGGUUUCGUUGCAAAAACCAUCCAAUAGGACGUUUUGUGCAGCCGAUGUCAAAAUCAUGACGACCGAUUAUUCCACCCUCGCGGGGGUGUUAUCCGGCAUUGCCCUUUUGUCCGGCUUAAUAUGUUUCGUCUUACACCUCUUCAAUCAGAACCGUUACGGAGGCCCGCACCGUUUCGCCAACGCCAACAUACCACCCCCAAUCUUCUUUUCAAACGAUGCAGGUUCUCGUCGACCGAGUAUAUCGUCUAUCCACAGCGGAUCGUCGAUUAGAAGUUACAGCGCAAAAAGAUUCGAACGCGACAGGGAAAUGAAGGAGGAACGUGAAAUGCAGAAACGUCUCGCAAAAAUGACGGCGGCGAUGCAGGCCAACGGAAGGAUAAACCAGCCCACUCCUAGUCCCCGGUCUACGGACGAACUGUUGCCAACUUUAACUGAAGAUAAACCGGUGCCAUUAGCUCUCCAAGAAGAAGAAAACAGCUCCAAUAGCGGAGUUCACGAUGACAUUCCAUCGACAUCUAGACAAUUUCUAUAACAUUUUGUAGUAAUAAUUAUCAUGUGCCCCCUCCCUGCCAAUAUUAUAUUAACAAUUUUAUUAAAGAAUGGCCUAUGUGGUGAUAUGAUGGUAUUUUGUUGUUAAACGUUUAAAUGGGCGCUUUUUUUACAAAUGUAAUUAAGUAUUAUACAAAUCGUUGUUCUUUAUAUUGUAAGUAAUUUAAGAUUUAAUAUUAGGUAAUUGUACAUAUUUACAUGCUUUGUACAGAUGAACGUGAAAUUCGGGCAUUUUAUGGA